AUGGCGGCUCGGUGGUCUACCCUCCUUACUGCUGCAGCAACUCUCUGCCAAUCAGCAGUUGCAGAGCCUGUCUUCCGGGACACCAUCUCCUUCAAGGGGCCAUUUGAAGUCGAGAGCAAUGGCAUUCGCAACAUCAAUAUCGAGUACAGCGGAUCUCUCGAUGGCGAGCUUUCCAUUGUCUACGGCGGCUGCGACUUGAAGUCUCCCCAGGAUGCACACCACAAGAUCGGCCGGACCCACAUUGGAUCUCACCCGGCGGCCAAGCGUCAUCUUGAGUGGACUGACCAGCGGCCUACCAAGUUCGUUUGGAUGGUGCCUGAAGAUGUGACCUCGGGAUGUUUGCAUGCCUUUGUCGACAACCAGCUCGUCGGCCGUUCUACGGAGCACGUCGUCAAAAGCCGAAAGAUGAGGAAACGCGCCACGUUCGCUGACUCCACCGACCCUAUGGGUCCCUGGUUUGACGGCGUUGAGUACCUCAAGCAAAAGCAGCCCGAUGAGGUUUUUGUUGCGUCUGUCAAGAAUAAGACGUUUGGCAUCUUGGGUGCUGGUAUUUCCGGUCUCUACACUGGUUUGCUGCUUGACUCGGUUGGCAUCCAUAAUUGGAAGAUCCUGGAGUCGUCCGACAGAAUUGGUGGUCGCAUUCGCACCACUUACUUGAACGGCACCUCUUGGGAUGAGGGUCAACAUCAUGAACUGGGUCCUAUGCGGUUCCCCCAUUCGAUCCAUGAUCCCGAAACCAACGAGACAUACCCCAUCAACGACCAGAAGAUGAUUUAUCAGCUUGCUGAUGUCCUCAACGAGAUCAACAAGGACGCCGAUCCUGCCCUGCAAAUCAAUUUCAUCCCGUGGCUUCAGGUUUCGGACAAUGCGCCAGUUGCGACAAAGCAGCGUCGUCCCGAUGGCACGGUUCCAGGUCGCAAGGAAAUUGCUGCGGAUCCCUCGCUUCAGAGCAACACCACCUACUCCAACGCGACUGCCGUCAAGGAAGCGAUUGCAGCGCUGGAUGAUUUCAAGGACUUGACUCCUGAGAAGGCGAAGUUCUACGCCACCAAUGUCUUCCAGGCCCACAAGCAAGCCGUUGAGCAGGGUAUGUUCGACUUCAGCGAGGUUGAAUAUUUGAGAUAUGUGAUGAAGACGGACCUCAAUGUCACCGAUGAGGCUACCCCUUCCAACGUUGUCUGGCCGAUGUGGGAGUUUGAGACGGUCUACUUCAUGGCCAAUGAGUGGCGUACUGUUGAUGGUGGCAUCAGCCGUCUUCCCGCUGCAUUUGAGAAUAUCGUCAAGGACCGUAUUGCCUACAAGACCAAGGUCUUCAGCGUUCAGUACAACGAGGAAGAGAACAACCUAGACGUGACCUGGCGCCAGACGGGCAGCAACCCCUGGUUGAAGAACACCACCACCGAGACCUUCGACUACGUUUUCAAUAGCGUUCCUCUGAAUGUUCUCAAGUACUGGAAGCUGCCGCCUCACUCCAGUCUGAUGCGCCGCGCCAUCGAGCGCACCGUCUUCUUGGGUGCUGUAAAGGUUGCGAUGCAGUACAAGACCCGCUUCUGGGAGCACCUCGAGCACCCCAUCAUCGGUGGCUGUGGACGUACUGACAUCUACGGUAUUGGCCAAAUUUGCUACCCCUCUUAUAACAUUAAUGCCACCGGCCCUGGAGUUAUGCUCACUUCUUAUGCACCUGAUGCCGAUGCUGUUGUUGCCUGCUCAAUGCCUGCUGAGGAGCAUAUUGCAUACAUUCAGCAGGCCAUGGUUGAGAUCCACGGCCCGAUUGCAGACGAGAUGUGGACCGGCAACUACGAGCGUCACUGCUGGGAGCAGGAUGAGCACCACGCUGGUGCUUUUGCUGUACCUAUUGUUCCUCAGCAACAGCUCUACCUGCCUGCUUUCUGGCAGACCGAGUUCAACACGGUCUUCAUCGGUGAGGCCACGAGCUUCACCCACUCGUGGGUCUUCAGUGCUCUUGAGAGCUCUACUCGUGGCACUGUCCAGAUGCUGCUUGACCUUGGACUUGUUGAUGAGGCCAAAGAGAUUACUCGUACUUGGAUGGCCAGGUGGAUCAGCGUCUAA